AUGGCCUCUUCGUACAGUACAAAAAGUUCAAGAGCCCCGAAAAGUGCAGUUGACGAAGUGGGAUUUCAAAAAGGGUUUUAUGGCAUCACUUGUCCUGCUCAAAAUAAAGGAAUCUCGUUGUUGAAAAAGAAGAAAAAGAAAAUGGCAUACGAAAAUGAUAUUAAAGCGGCUUGUAAGAACAUGGAUCAUUAUAAGGAGUCAGCUGAUAAACUUCAUUCUGCACUCAUGCUCGUUUUGGUUGAAAGCAAAGCUUCUGCAGAGACUCUCGCCAUUUCUACGAUUCCAUCAACUAUUCCAGUGGAUCCUGGUUAUCAGCAUUGUUCAGACUUCCUGGUAGUUUACGAUACUUUCCAACGGCAUGGUCUGAAAGAGUUGAAACUUGAUACACUGGAACCAACAGUCAAAGCAUCGAAGAAAUUGGCAGAGGAACAAGAGAAGUAUGUUCGGAAUCAACUCGAAACGUUGAAACCUCUCACCAAGUUUAUCUCUGAUGAGUAUUGGGAAUACGCCAAAGCGAGAUACACUUAUCACAUCGCGUUAGAGAAGUUUGAAAAUGCAAUUUCUGGAACAAAAUCUAUUCGACCUGGAUCAAUGGAACCAAGUAGCUCAGGAUUGAAUGUCGAGAAGUCAAAAGAUGAUGCGAAAGCGAAAAUGAUGGCGGUUUUGAAUAAGAUAUUAGGGAAAAAGGAGAAUCAUGCAACUUGCGUGCUAAAAUUUGCAAAACAAGCUUCCGGAUGGCAUAAGAACGCUGGAGAAAUUCUUUCGUCAUUCAACUCAAAAACCACAGAUGAGUACAAACCAAAAGUUGGAGAAGGAGUAUCACCAGUUCACUCAUCUCGUACUAAAAAAGUACACAGGAAAACAAGUAAAGAGAACAGUAGUCGUUGA